AUGCUCCUGGGCCGCAGCCGCAGCCCCGGAGGCCCCCGCAGCAGCGUCAUCGGCACCGAGGAGUUCGCCAAGCCGCAGCGCUCGAGCUUCUUCGGGCGCCAGCUGGCCCGCUUCCUGCGCCGCGCCUCCACCGUGGCGGUCGAGCAGCCCAGCCACGUGCCCGUGGCGCCCAGCACGCGCGGCGCCGUGUCCGCGACGUCCCUGCGCCGCACGUCCGCGCAGGCCGACGUCGCGGCCAUCGGUGCCGUGGACCCGCAGAUCGCCUUCAACGUGCACGAGCCGCACAGCUUCGCGGUCAGCACGCGCAACGGCGCGCGCAUGGGCAAUGAGGACCGCUUCCGCGCCAUCGACGACUUGGAUCUGUACGGCCGCGGGCUGCUGGAGGUGCUGCCGCGCUCCGUGCCGCCGUUCUUCGCCGACCUACUCAAGGGCAAAGUGCUCGAGACCUUCGUGCUGGAGGGCCGCGCGCCGGCGCUGCGCGUCCGCAGCCUGCUCAAGCACGGGCGAGGGCAGGAGGACACGCAGUUCUUCGGCGUGUAUGACGGACACGGAGGAGCGCGGACGUCGUCGUUGUUGGCACUCUUAUUCCCGGUCUAUAUCUUAGCGGCGCCCGAGUAUAAGACCGACCUGGCGGCGGCGUGCCACUCCGCGAGUAUGGCGAUCAAUGAGGAGAUCUUGAAGCGAGAGAACAGCGGCCAGUGCGAGGGCGGAUCCACUGCGGUCACGCUGCUGAUUCGAGGCAAUAAAGCGAUACUGAGCAAUACUGGAGACUGCAGGGCCAUCAUGGUCGCCAAGAGGGACAAGACGGCGCAGGUCACGCAGCUCACGACGGACCACAAGGCCUCGAACGACCAGGAGAAGCAACGGAUUGAGGAACAUGGCGGCAUGGUGCUGUAUGUGAAGGGCGUGGCCAGGGUUAAUGGUCGACUAGCCGUGGCCAGAGCGUUCGGAGACGCCGAAAUGAGCCCGCUCGUCAUUGCGGACCCAGAGGUGACAGUCCACGAAUUGCAUCGAGAAGACGAGUACAUUGUCAUGGCCUCGGACGGACUUUGGGACGUGCUGACUAACGAGCAGGUGGCUUCUUGUGUCAGGAAUAACCCAUGGCUCAAUGUCCAGGAGAUGGCUAACAUGCUGACGGAACGCGCCGUUGAGCUCGGUACUAUGGACAAUGUGACGGUGAUGGUGGUGGACGUGCGCGGCAGAAUAACCUGA